CACAGCGCUACCCCCGGGCGGGAGUGAGGCUCUUAUCCUUGCACCUGGUUGGUCUUGGUCCUGGCUGGAGGUGCGCGGAGGAAGCGGGCGCGGAUUUGGGGAAGUGGAGUGAGUGGGUGAAGAACAAUAGGACUUUGGGGGUAGGCGUGAACCGGGGUGUGUCAAAAGCUGCAGUGACCGUCCUUAACCUGGGUCCGAGAGUCUGGGGCGGGCGGGGUCCCGGGUCUGCCUUCUUGCUGGUGUUGCGCUGCAGGUGUCGCGCUGCAGAUGUCGCUGCCGGAGCGCGUCCAGCGGUGCCAGUGCUCGCAAGUGGCACCAGGGUCAGGAGCGCCCUCUGGAGUGUGCAAAGAGAACCAAGUUUUACUGAAGGUCUGAAGGUCUGAAGGUUCCAGAUCUCUGUCUUCACCCAGAGGCUGCAGAAAAUGACCAAGUCGCAGGGACCGGUAUCAUUCAAGGACGUGGCUGUGAAUUUCACCCAGGAGGAGUGGCAGUAUCUGGACCUUCCCCAGAGGGAUCUAUACAAGGAUGUGAUGCUGGAGAACUAUAUCAACCUCAUCUCAGUGGGCUAUCAAACUACUAAGCCAUCUGUGAUCCACAAGUUGGAGCAAGGUGAAGAACCAUGGAUGGUAGAGAGAGAAAUCCCAAAUUGGAGCUAUGCAGAAGAAACAUGGCAACUUGAUGACCACAUGGAACAACACCAAGAGAACCAAGAAACACUUUUGAAGCAUGCUGCAUUCAUUGACCAGGAAACUGGGACUGACGAGAAAGGUAACAAGUGUAAUGCACUUGAAAAUAUAUUUCAUCUGAGCACAGACUUCAUUUCUUCAAAACAGAGACUCCAAAAAUAUGACCCCUACGGUAGGAGUUUGAAUUUUUUCGGCUUAUUUAGUGGUAAUAGAAGAUACUCAAAAAAGACUGAAUGUAGUGAAUGUGGGAAAGCCUUCUUCCAGAAGUCAGACCUUAUUAUACAUAAGAGAACUCAUACAGGAGAAAAGCCCUUUGUAUGUACAGAGUGUGGGAAAGCCUUCAGCAAGAAAUCCAAUCUUGUUACACAUCUCAGGAUCCAUACUCAAGAGAAACCUUAUGAAUGUACUGAAUGUAGAAAAGCUUUCACCCAUAAGUCACACCUCACUGAACAUCAAAGAAUUCACACUGGGGAGAAACCGUAUGAAUGUGAUGAGUGUGGGAAAGCGUUUUUCCAAAAAUCACACCUCAGUAUUCAUCAGAGAACUCAUACUGGAGAGAAACCCUAUGGGUGUGACGAAUGUGGGAGAGCCUUCAGCAUGAAGUCUCACCUCUUUGUACAUCAGAGAAUACACACAGGAGAGAAACCUUACGUAUGUACCAGGUGUGAGAGGGCUUUCAGUGAAGUGUCCUGCCUUAUGAGACAUCAGAAAAUCCAUACUGGGGAGAAACCUUAUGAAUGUAAUGAGUGCAAAAAAGCCUUUUCUGAGAAGUCUGACCUCCUCAUACAUCACAGAACUCACACAGGAGAAAAGCCCUAUGAAUGCAGUCAGUGUGGAAAAGCCUUCAGACAUAGCUCGGCCCUCUGUCGACAUAAAAGGACUCAUAAAGAAAAAAUUCCUUAAAAGAGAAACUAAUGUGGGAAUAUCUUCAACUAAAAGCUUCAGUAGAAAUCAAAUCUUGGAGUGCUGGAGUGGCUCGGUCUGUUAAGCAUCUGACUUUGGCCUAGGCCAUGAUCUCGCUGUUCUGGAGUUCAAGCCCCGUGUCCGGCUCUGUGCUGACAGCUCAGGGCCUGGAGCCUGUUUCAGACUCUGUGUCUCCCUCUCUGCCUCUCCCCCCUCUCUUUCUUUCUCUUAAAAAGAAAGAAACAUUAAAAAAAAAUCAAAUCUUAUUAUGUAUAAAGAAGUCAAGCCUCUUAAUUCAGCAUAUUUUAAAAGUGUGUAAUUAUGUUUUCAUAGAAGUGAUAUUCCAGAUGUGAUCCCAAAGUAUUUCUAGAAGAUAUAGAAAGUAUAUCUCCUUGUCCAGGGCCCCUGGGUGGCUCAGUCGGUUAAGCGUCCGACUUCGGCUCAGGUCAUGAGUUCAUGGUUUGUGAGUUUGAGCCCCACAUUGGGCUCUGUGCUGA